CACGCGGCGCUAACCCGUCGCGACCGAGCUGACGGAUCAUGCGCAUUGUCGCUGAUCACUCCUCGGCUUUAGUAUGUCCAUCAUCCCGCGUCUCCGCGAUGAUUCUGAUAGGGGCUCGGAUGAUCUGAUCAACCAAUCAGCCGAACUGUUUGAUCGCAUACACUUCCAGUUCGCCUUGCCUGACUUUGACUUUGGCACGAGGUCCAGCCCUACGCAUCUUCCAUCCCGCUGCAGAUCCCUCAAGAUGAUACCACGCUACGCCUCAUGUCUCGCGAAGUAUGGGUACGGUAGCGAUGGUCUCGACCGGACGACAAUUAUAGACCAGCGCGUUCGACCCGCAUAAGUAGACUGCCCUUCAGAUUCUUGCCAAUUCCCAGAUAAGCCUUUGCCUUAGUUCAGAAUGCCGUCGCAUCAUUCUCAUGGUCACUCGGACAACAGAACAUCGCGUCCGCACGCCGACCGACAUCACUCGCACUCGCAUGGGCAGAGCAGGCGGCACUCGAAGCCUGCACAGCCGGUCAUGGUGCAGAACCCAGCCUACAUGGCCGGUCAGCAGAUCCAGCAGCCCAUGAACCAAUUUCAGCCGGUCUAUAUGACUUCGCCGAUCGCUACACCAAUUGCCUCGCCCAUGAUGACCCGUCCUGUAUCGCAUGCUCAACCAUCGUACCUCGAAAAGGACAUGUCUCCCGCUGGCUAUCCCUUUGUGCUCGAAACGGCCGGCCAGCCUGUCCAGAGACGCGACAAUCGACGUCGCAACCUGCUCAUCAUCAUAAUUGUUGCCGUCGUUGUCAUACUCGCCAUCGCUAUUGGCGCUGGUGUCGGAGUGAGCCAACACAAGAAGCACAGUAGUGUAUCGAAGACGAGCUCGGGCAGCAGUAACGCUUCAUCCAGCAGCGCUGACAGCAGCGACAGUAGCUCCUCCGAUUCUUCUGGUGGCGAUGAAAAUUGUCUGCCGGAUGGCACUUGCGCCGGCUCGCUCGGACCAAAUUCGGUUGGCCCCAGUGGAGCCUUGGACGGCUCAGACGAUGACUAGUUGGGACGUGCUGGGACCCUGCAAGCUGCCCCCCCCCCCACCUGGCUCUUGCCUGCUUUACAUCUUGUGGUAUAUUGGACGGUUGUAGGAUUAUGUCACUUUCAGGAUACACAACGAUUGCUGGCCU